AUGGUUAGCAGUGAUAUCUACGACAUUGAUCUCAGUCGGAACAAGAUUUCUCUGUUUGCACCACAUACGUUUUCAUUGUGCACGGAACUUCGUGUGCUUGAUCUUAGUCAUAAUCCGAUCAAAGUGUUGCCAUAUCGACCAUUCGCACGGAAUUCCAAGCUCAAAUGGCUCAAGUUAAGUGGAACCGAUAUUAAGGAGUUGUCACCGGAGAAUUUCGUCGGGCUGUCAUCACUGAAGUCGCUCACACUUUCUCAUUCGCCUUUGCGGUCAAUUGCGCCAUUUGCGUUUCUUCCAUUGAAAUCGCUGAAAACGCUCGACUUGGAAGCGACCAAUAUCAGUGCCAUCCCACUGGCUGUCACGCAGAACUUCUGCGAUGUGCUAAACAACAUUCCUCAUCACCGAUCAUUUCACUUCCAGCUGAUGGUGAUGUGCUUUUGCUGUCAGGCAUUAACGCUUCAUGAAGUUGGACGGCAACCCCUUAACACGAAUUUCCCUUCGCAUUCGCUGUUCAUCUUGUCUACCGACAACUUCCGCCUUAUUCGACAGCUUGUUCAAACUAUGACUUCGCUUCCAGUAUGGACCGAAGAGCCGUGCACACCUUAUUACUGGGCUAUGCAUCUACGAAACAGAUCAUUGUCAUUCCGAAAUUUGGUUUCUUCAUGGAACGACAAACGCAUGGAAGAGGAAGGAUUGGCUCACUGUCGUGAACAGUACGAGUGGAUGAUCGAGGAAAUGGAGAUUUACAGGGAUUUGGAAAAGAACAGCGGCUGUUCUGCAAAUCGUCGCCUUCGGUCAGCUGCUCUUGCGCAAAAAACGAGCAUCAAAUGUCAGACAAACUCCAAGAAUAACACAAGCACCGCUGUUCGACAGGUAGCUGUUGAAAACCGAGCCGACCUCUCCAAUCUUCUAUGGGCAUCAUUGAUGGCAAAUAUCUUCCUUCUGUGUUUGAUUCUAAUGUUUGUAUGUUUAAUAAUGUGUUGUGGAAAGAAAAAAGGUUAUUAA